AUGUGCACCUCGGGGAUCGCUUCAGAGACCUUGUUGCCGUUGGACCUUGGUGCGGCAUGCAUUACGAAUGGACCGGCCGGCAUUUAUUAAUUCUGAGCUUGUGCUCAUGAAGGAUCCCUGGUCGAUCUCUGGGUUCGCAAUGUUCAACUUUCGUGCUUCUCAACCGUUCGUGCACUACUCCCCGUCCUUUUCAUCAGUGAACGAUUCGAGCCUUUCCCUACUAUGGCCUGUGGGCCUGGACCGUCGUCAUUUUUUCCCUUUCUCCGGUUGUGUCUUGUAGUUUCCGGAGCGCGCGCAUCGAGAUGCGCAAGUGGCACCACGGAUUGAAAAUCGAGUGA